GAUCCACAACAUUUGGGUUUGUUAAGGAUAUUCUAACAUCAAUGGUUGAAACAACAAUCAUAGAGUCAGAAAAUGUUUUUUUUUCAUUAAAAAAUGUAACUAUCUUUUACUCAGUCAAACAUUCUCAUAGCAAAGGGAAAGCACCAACCAAAUUAUCUUCAGUUUGGAUCAUUCCUUGUUCUCUCCACCUUUUAGAAGAUGACUACCUACGGAACAAUCUUGGAAGACGAAGAAACUCGGUCAAAUACAAACUUAGUUUACGUUUUGGAGGUGAAAGACCGAAUCCAGGCGGGUCUAGGCGUAACAAGACCAUGGAAAGAAAUGAUCCGAUCAUCUCAUAUCAAACCCCCAUCAUCUUUCUUCGACGCACUUCAAAGAAUCAACACGAACGCCAAACAUUUCCGCGCAAAUUACGUUAUCAUCAUAUUGUUCAUUCUUUUCCUUAGCUUACUAGGAAACCCUACAUCAUUGAUCAUGUUAAUUGUGAUGAUGAUUGGAUGGUUGUACUUAUAUUUCCUUAGAGUUACACCUUUGGUGAUUUUGGGGUAUCAAAUUGAUGAGAGAUUGGUGGUAAUAUCCUUGUUGUUGAUCACCAUUGGUUUGCUUGUUCUAACAAAUGUAACACAUAAUGUGAUAGUUGGUAUGUGUGUUGGUCUAGGUGCUGUGUUGGUCCAUGCUGUAUUGAGAGAAACUGAGGAUCUUUUCACAUUGGAUGAAGAUGUAAGAAUUGUAAGAGGUGUUAGAGAAGUUAUCAAAGUCCCUCUUAGACAACCUGGUUCAUCUUCUUUUAGUUUGCCUCCUUAG